ACGGCAGGAAGCCCGAGCAUCCGGUGAGAAAUAAGAAGUAGAGAGCACAGGAUGCGCCCUGGGUCAAGGGGACGUGAAAAGCCUGGAGUCUUUGUAACCUUCUCUGAGCCAGAGCUGUGGUGUUGUGGCAAGCGCAGUACGGUUCUCAGUUCCCCUCGGCACGGAGCCGGGUGCCAAGCUCCAGGUUCCAGUGGCUGCUGCUGUCGCUGUGGGGGAGUCUAGCCUCCCCCAAAAGGAGACAGAGCAGAAUGGCCACCUCAGCAGGUUUGCUGUUGCUGCUGCUCCUGGGCCAGACCUGGGCAGGAGCUGCUGCUGAUUCUGAGGCUGUGGUGUGCGAGGGGACCGCCUGCUAUACUGCCCACUGGGGCAAGCUGAGUGCCGCUGAAGCGCAGCAUCGCUGCAAUGAGAAUGGAGGCAAUCUAGCCACGGUGAAGAGCGAGGAGGAAGCCCAACAUGUCCAGCAAGCUCUGGCUCAGCUCCUGAAGACCAAGGCGCCUUUGGAAGCAAAGAUGGGCAAAUUCUGGAUCGGGCUCCAGCGAGAAAAGGGCAAGUGUACGUUCCAUGAUUUGCCAAUGAAGGGCUUCAGCUGGGUGGGUGGUGGAGAGGACACAGCUUAUACCAACUGGUACAAAGAGGGCAAGAGCUCCUGUAUCUCUAAGCGCUGCGUGUCCCUCAUACUGGACCUGUCCUUGACACCUCACCCCAGCCAUCUCCCCAGGUGGCAUGAGAGUCCCUGUGGGAGCCCAGAUGCUCCAGGGAAUAGCAUUGAAGGUUUCCUGUGCAAGUUCAGUUUCAAAGGCAUGUGCAGUCCCGUGCCCCUGGGUGGUCCAGGACAGGUGACCUAUACCACCCCUUUCCAGGCCAUCACCUCCUCCCUGAAGGCUGUGCCUUUUGCCUCUGCAGCCAAUGUAGCUUGUGGGGAGGAGGCUGGGGGUAAGAGCUAUUAUUUCUUAUGCAAGGAAAAGACUCCAGGUAUAUUCCAUUGGGGCAGCUCAGGCCCCCUCUGUGUCAGCCCCAAGUUGGGCUGCGGCUUCAACAAUGGGGGCUGCCAGCAGGACUGCUUCGAAGGUGGUGAUGGCUCCUUCCGCUGUGGCUGCAGGCCUGGAUUCCGACUGCUGGAUGACCUAGUAACUUGUGCCUCCAGGAACCCCUGCAGCUCCAACCCAUGCACAGGAGGGGGCACAUGUCAUUCUGUACCCCUCAGCGAAAACUACGCCUGCCACUGUCCCAGGGGCUACCAGCUGGACUCUAGCCAAGUGCACUGUGUGGAUAUAGAUGAGUGCCAGGAUUCCCCCUGUGCCCAGGAGUGCAUCAACACUCCUGGGGGCUUCCAAUGUGAAUGUUGGGUAGGCUACCGAUCCAGUGGCCCCAAGGAGGAGGGCUGCAAGGACGUGGAUGAAUGUGCGGCUGCCCAAGCACCCUGUGCCCAGGGCUGCAUCAACACUGACGGCUCUUUCUACUGCUCCUGUAAAAAGGGCUAUGCCGUGUCUGGGGAAGACAGCACCCAGUGUGAGGAUAUAGAUGAGUGUUUGGACUCCAGGGGAAGUCCAUGUGAUACUCAGUGCUUCAACUCAGAGGGCUCCUUCAGCUGUGGCUGCCUGCAAGGCUGGGAGCUGGCUCCCAAUGGAGUCUCUUGUACCAGGGGCACUGUGACUUCAGAACCGCCGACCAGACCUCCCCAAAAUGAAGGCAAAGGUGACAGAAAGGGGAGUACUGUUUCUUUUACUGAAGUGUUCAGCUCUCCCACGGGAUUUGAGGACGUCUCCAAAGGAGCACACACCACAGUGGGUCCCUCCCUUCAAUUGGAUACCUCAUCUGCCUCUGUUCCACUAGAAAUAUCAGUCCCUAGUGGGGCAUCUGGUGUUCAGAUGGAGCUGGGCACGCACCUCCCCAUGACGUCUGGCCACAGCAAGCCCACCCAUGAAGAUUCUGUGGCUGCACACAGUGAGGGUGACACCGAUGGCCAGAAGCUGCUUCUGUUUUACAUCCUGGGUACUGUGGUGGCCAUCUCAAUCCUGCUGGCUCUGGCCCUAGGGCUUCUCAUUUAUCGUAAACGGAGAGCCAAGAAGGAGGAGAUAAAAGAGAAGAAGCCCCAGAAUGCAGCUGACAGCUAUUCCUGGGUUCCAGAGCGACCAGAGAGCCGAGCCCUGGACAAUCAGUACAGCCCGACACCUGGGACAGACUGCUGAAGACAGUGUGCCAUAGAAAGUGGCACAGUCAGCUGCCACUGCCUUCAGAGCUACCUUCCUGGAUGAGGGGGAGACAUACAUCAUUCUGAAAGACUGGACUGGACUCUCAGCAAAAAUUGUGCACCUUCUUUUUAAGAGGCUGAUGGGGGGGGCAGGUAUUUUCCAGGUGCAUUUGAUAUGCCUAGUAUCAGUGUGAUGUGAUGUGUGUGUGUAUGUGUGUGUGUGUGUGUGUGUGUAUUUUUGUGGACAUUGACAGGCCUCACUCAUACACCCUUUUCAAUGGUUUCCUCUGGUUCCAGAUGAGGGCAUGAAGAGGUACAGGGGCGGGGUGGGGUGGGAGGUAGGGAGACAGCUUCAAAGGCUUUUCUUAUCUGUUGAUUUAUCAGAGAAGAAAAGGAGCUACUGGUGCUAAUUAGGAUAGAAACAAUUCCUUCCCUUCAUGGGCUAGAAAGGAAAACCAAGUAAUGAUUUAACUAUGUGACAAGGCUCUACCCUUCCUAUGGGGACUUUUUCAGGAUGGCUGCCUUUGUAUACAUUUGCCUUCAGGCAUUUCCCUUCCAUCCCCCCUCAGUAUUGUUGAAACUGUCAGAAUGAGAGGAAGCUCAACCGACUGCUCAGGGAGUAAGCAUGCCGGAAGUUUGGCUAUGUAUCCCCUCGUUCUAAACUUUCUGACAGUCCUGGGCUUAUGGGCAAGGAAAGUUUGAAAGUUGCUUCAAGUGAGUGAGUCGUCUUUGUAAAAGAAUAAUCCAGAGGGAGGUGUCAGGGAUUGGUUUAACAAAAUGUUAACUCACACUUGACUAUUGAGGAACAAUAACAAAACCCCAAGAACAAAUUGUUUUUGAGCUGGCACAGGCUCCACAGCUUUACCCCUUUACACCAUCCCUAACUGGGAAGCUGGGACUGUUGGCUUGGAAAGCUUCAGCAGGCUUCAGUCUGUAAGGAAAGCACGUGCGAGCCAGGUGAUGGACUUUGCUUUGAGCACUGUCCUUUAAAAGUAGCCUAGGCCAGUUCACAGGAGUGCAUCUGGAAGUCCUGAAACCCUGUGGACAUGGCACGCAUCAGAUCAAAGAUUAGUCACACAGAAGGUUCUCUUUUUGCUUAAAAAGGGAAGUACAGAGGAAAGGGAAAGGGGAAGAGAGAACAGAUAAAACUGUUUUAUAACCGUUAAAACUGCUGAGAGACAUUUUAUGACUGACAUGUUUAUUUCAAAGUGUACAUUUGCAAAAGUGUCUCUUAAGUUUGCUGCAGGUGAUGGUGCUGCAGCUGCACAGGUCCGUCUGGGGCCUGGAUGGCAGCCUAGGUGAGUCACCCCCGUAUCUCUGGAAGACCUCGCUUUGAGAAGGGAGGUUUCUGGCUGCCUCUGCUAUUUGAAGAGCUGAAACUGGGAAGCGCGUCAAGCAGGGUUCUCAGACCAGGGCAUCCUGCUGUUUCUGCUUUCAAAUGCAACCAUCCCUCAAAUUGACAUCCAGGAAGUAAAAAUGAAUAACAUAACGACCCAUUUUAAAGCCUUUAGAUCUAGGGAAAUCUCUCCUUUUUUGUCAAUUUAAAAUAUAGAUGAAUUCAUUAAGGUUUUGUUGUUGUUGUUGUUUUGUUUUGUUUCUGUUUUUGAAAAUCCAACAUGGUGGAUACUGGGAGAAAGAUGGAACUCAAUAGGGUGCCUGAAAUUUGUGCAUUUAAAAAUCAACUCACCAGUGGCUUUAGGUUGAAAUCUGGGUGUUUGGAACCUAAGGGAGAUCAAAGCUGUAUCUAACAGGAAAUAAACUUCAUUGGCCACAGGAUCCCUGGCAUUAAUUAAGCCCAACCAUUACAGGGAGGCCUUCAUCAGCCUUUCAGAUGAAUUUAAAAUCCCUGGCAGUAUCUGACAUACUGACAUGAACCCAAAUGUAGCACUUUCACCUUCAGGCCUUCAACUGCUCACUUGUACUGCUUGAGGUGAGGAAAAUAACUGUGUCUAGGCUCCCCAUAGCCUUGCUUGGUCUAUGCUCAGGUUGCUAUGUGGGAUUUAAACUGACCAAGACCAUUUAGGGUCUAGACAUGAAGCUCCAUUCCCAACACCCUCAGGGGUAUUUGAUCCACUCUGUGGGACCCACAGCAGAAAAGGGAUUGAUGAGGAACAUAUUUCCUCCAAGUGUGCUUUCAGUAUCAGUCCCUCCAAUGGAGGCAGAGCUCUCUCAUGUAUUGACCUACCAAAGCCUUGAGCAGAACAUACUUCAUGUGAUGGGGCCAAUGAAGCCACUCACUGUUCCUACAUGGGCGCUUUAUUCUCUCAUCUGUUCUUGCUGUCCUCGUGUUUGAGACUGGAAAAUUCUGGUUUAAAGCAUCUAAGAGGCCAAGCAAUAGGUAGUGAACUUCCAUUGGCCAAAAGGGACCAAAGUCUAAGCCUUCCCCACCCAAGUAAUCAGUAAGCAGAGACGGAACAAUCCCCAGCUUGUGAGGAACAGAAUUUUCCUAAGUCCAGACCUGGAAAAAAACAAACUCAUCUCCUCCUACUCUUCAUUUUGCAAAGAAUCCCAGAAGCCUUCAACCCUCUCUUUACUUAAUUUCAGGUGGCUAUCAUUGCCUUUUCUGUUUUAUGUGGUGCUGGCGAUAAAAGCCAGUGCCUCAAGUACACCAGACUCCUCAUGCCAAGAGCUAUACCGAUAGCACCUUGGUUUAUUUUUUGUUUAUUAUUAAAAAAUAGGUGAUGCAAUACCCUUCCUCCCCUCAGUAAUUUGGAGAGUUAAAAAAACAAGCUAUCCCAAAAGAAAUGUCUCAGGAGUGACUCCUGAACACUAUUUGUAAAGGAAAUCUAGCCCAAAUUUUCCCUGGUAUCCAGCAUGACUGUGAUGCAAAGCCAGAUGUAUCCAUGUUCUGGCUUUGGUGACCACCACCAUCACCAUCACUGUCACAAUCACCACCGUUAUCAUCAUCACCUUAUGAUGGUGCUGUGUAUCCUCCUGGCAUUUGAACAGUGACAGUAACUGGAUGAAUCCCAACCAGGCUCUGACUGAGGGUGAAAGGCCAGAAAAGAAGAGAAGCAGAAAGAAGAGAAGCAAGCUGCUUUCCUUCAGCCUCUUACCCAGGGAAAAUACCAGCAAAUCUCUGGGAAAGUCUAUCCUGACACCUUCCGCAGAGUAUUAGAAAGUUUGGAAUGAAACGCAAAUGUCUCUGAGUAUGUGGUUCUGUUCACUGUGCAGGACAAACUGCUAAGGAAAUGAAUUCUUUUUUUCCUCAUGAAGUUUUCCUCCUCUUUGAUUUUCCAACCAUGAGCCCUGUGUAGACUGCUAUCACCAACCAAACUUUUAAUAUGUGGAUGGGAUCAUUAGGUCCUUUUGUUCCAACGCUCUUUUCCCAUAAAUAUUUCUGGCAAAACUAAAGGAACAGAGAUGAGAUUUGACCAAAAAAGGGGAAAAAGAUUACUCAAUUCAAAAUAACAUUUUUUAAAGCAAAUAUAGGAAAGCCUUUUCCUAUUAUUUUUCUUCUUAGCUUCCCCAUUGUCUAAAUCAGGAAAACAGGAAAGCAUUGCUUUCUAGCACCUGCAAAAUGGCUUCAUGCCCCUGCAUAUUUUUAUGUCCCUCAACAAUAGAUUUAGCAUGGGAAUCUGAGACAGACUGCCCUGAAAACAUCUGUGCCUUCCCUGGCUCCCAAACCCAGGUUUUGAUUCUGUGUGAUUUGUGAAACUUAUCAACCAAACAGGAGGAUAGACACACCCCAAUCAUCCAUGUAUUCAACAACCAGACACCCCCAACCCUCAUAACCUCUCACUCAAGGACUUAUUGAAGACUGCCUCACCUUUUGACCUGUUCUUGACAGAACCCAUUUAUUUCAGGUGGGAAACCUGGAUUUUUCCAUUCUUCUCAUUUUACCUGCAAUGUGGCAAGAUUUAACAGUUUUAAACUUGUUCUCCCUCUGGGCUGAGGUUCAUUUGCAGAUGUGGGGUGCGGGGGGGGGGUCUAAGCUUGAAUUGUGUGGUAGCCAGUCUUGUUCGCUGUUGUCAGCGGGACAUUGUAAAUGUUGGUGUCACCCUAAUCCCUCAGUGAGAAGGUAAAUAUUUUUACAUAUGUGCAUUUGGAAUCUAUCUCAUGGAUCCUGGAAUUGUGGGAUGUUCAGCAGGAGUGACUUGGUCCUCUGGUUAGUGUUUCCCAGGCUGUGAGGAGGGGAGGAUCACAGGGCGUACUUCUCCUUAGAGCUACAAUGUGACAUUCUAAGGGGAGAUUCAGGGGUGCCUUUCAGAAGUUGUAGCUUUGUCAUGCUUUGAGCUUUCUGUUAUGCACCUGUCCUAAUAAAGUCUGAAAAAUAUUUCUUUUGAA